AUGGCGCUCCACGUCAGGCUCACAGCGCUCCUCUGCCUUUCCCUGGCCCUGUGUGCUGCUGCUGCCGCCGCGACCGCCCUGCCUCCUGAGGACAUGGAGGCAUCUGGAGAUGACCUGGAGAUGGACGGCUCAGGAGGAGGCCCAAUGGAAGUAAUAUUGGAUGAAAAGCCAACAGUCUUGGGCAAAUGUACUGAAGACACAGAACUGAAGAACCAAAAAUACAGAGGACUGGAUACUGAGUCGCAUGAACUCAAACUGAAUUGUAGUCUGUAUCCUGUUUGUGCCCUGUCCGUGCCCUGUCUGUGCCCUGUCCGUGCCCUGUCCGUGUCCUGUCCGUGUCCUGUCCGUGCCCUGUCCGUGCCCUGUCCGUGCCCUGUCCGUGCCCUGUCCGUGUCCUGUCCGUGCCCUGUCCGUGUCCUGUCUGUGCCCUGUCUGUGCCCUGUCCGUGUCCUGUCUGUGCCCUGUCCGUGCCCUGUCUGUGCCCUGUCCGUGCCCUGUCCGUGUCCUGUCCGUGCCCUGUCCGUGUCCUGUCUGUGCCCUGUCCGUGUCCUGUCCGUGCCCUGUCCGUGUCCUGUCUGUGCCCUGUCCGUGUCCUGUCCGUGUCCUGUCUGUGCCCUGUCCGUGUCCUGUCUGUGCCCUGUCCGUGCCCUGUCCGUGUCCUGUCUGUGCCCUGUCCGUGUCCUGUCCGUGUCCUGUCUGUGCCCUGUCCGUGUCCUGUCUGUGCCCUGUCCGUGUCCUGUCCGUGUCCUGUCUGUGCCCUGUCUGUGCCCUGUCCCGUGCCCUGUCCGUGUCCUGUCUGUGCCCUGUCCGUGCCCUGUCCGUGUCCUGUCUGUGCCCUGUCCGUGUCCUGUCUGUGCCCUGUCCGUGUCCUGUCCGUGCCCUGUCCGUGCCCUGUCUGUGUCCUGUCUGUGUCCCGUCUGUGCCCUGUCCGUGUCCUGUCUGUGCCCUGUCCGUGUCCUGUCCGUGCCCUGUCCGUGUCCUGUCCGUGUCCUGUCUGUGCCCUGUCCGUGUCCUGUCCGUGCCCUGUCCGUGCCCUGUCCGUGCCCUGUCUGUGUCCCGUCUGUGCCCCGUCUGUGCCCUGAAAAUGGUCCCUGGGACAGAGAGUCCAUCAUCGUCCAAGAUUCCAAGAGCUUCAUGGAGAGCAAAGAAGUCCUUGCAGUGGUGAUCGGUGGAGGAGUGGGAGGUCUGGUGCUUGCCGUGAUGCUGGCUGGAUUCCUCAUAUCCAAAUGGCAGAAGAAGGACUCUCCAGCCUACAGUCCGGCCCUGCCGACCGAGCCGCAGUACCACAGAAACGAGAGGGGGGCUCUCCGGGGGGAGGAGGUGGUGCUCGUAUGA